AAAUGCCUCGCUAAUUCAAUCUUUUGGACUCUCAAGACACGCUCUGACGAUAGCGCGCAGAAGUUGAGAGCGGACAACAUGAACUCGUAUCCCUCCGAGUUCCUAUGUCAUCCCCAGCCUCUCAUGUUUGUAGCUGGCCUCUUGGACCCGUCAACAUCAUUAUCAACAACAACAAUUACGAUCCCAACGAAUACGAGAGACAGAGCGGCUUCUACCUCCAGUGCAGCUGGACCAAGCUCUAGGAGACCAUCUGAAAAUGACUCCUUUUCGAGCAUGAUGACCAGCACGACAACCCUCGAACCUAACACGACAUCGAUAGAGCUCUCGCCGGGAUCCACACCCGCCGAUACACCUGCUACUUCCAGUACAUCUUUACCCUUCUCACCGCCUGUCCAGCCUGAAGACGCAAAGGAGACUACUGUCUUAGAUUCAUCUCCUCAGGACAAAGACUUUAAGAGACUUUUGGAAGAUCUCAGAGGUGCUCUCAGUGGUAUGCAACAGAAAGGGAAAGUUUGGCUGCCGGUCAAAGAGAGAAAAGACUUCAGAAUAAUCCUCGUGGAUAAGAACGUCCGACUGCCCAUCAGAAAAGUAUCUACAACAUCUACCAACGAUCCACAAUCAUCGCCUCGCUCACCUUUAUCCCCUCUUACCCCUUCUUCUCCUCUGUACCCCGACGGACUGAUAGCUCCGGUAUGGGUCAGGAAACAUGCUGAGCUCGUUCCUUCGGUAUUCGUCCUCUUCUUAAGACUCUACGAAGCGCCAGAUCCGAGUGAUCCGAAUGCAAGAACCACGGAACAAGAAAUGGACAAUGUCCUCGUCGGAGAGAUAGGGGACCGUAGAAGGAGGUUAGGCGAGAGAGGGAUAAAAUUGACCGUCGUGCUCAUGGCUAGCACCGAAGCUCUAGAUUCUCCAAACCUUGACGCUCGACUUUCAUACCUUCGUCGCGCGAGCGCAUUGUCAUCCAAAGCUUCCCUGUUCGUCCUUACGCCCGUUCCAGCGGAUCAACUACCAGACUUUGUCCAGUCCCUACAGGAUGCCCUAUAUGAUUCCGCUAUGGAGUACUAUUCGAAUCACAUGAAACGUGUCCGAAGGAAAAAGGCCCGUUUGCCCGCCAACCAGUAUGGGGCGUUACUCGGAGCAGAUCGAGGGAGAGCUUUGGGAAGUCAGGGCUGGGGCGUGCGUUACGAUUGGAAAGCUGGCUGGUUUGCCGAGGUCAAGGGAGAGACAGAGGUCGCUAGAAGGCAUUACGAAGACUGCUGGAACGAGCUGGCGAGGAUGUUUGCAUCGACCCAGACUCUCCCUCCGCGCACAAAAAGAUGGGCCGAGGCCAAAGUAUUGGCUGAUUGUGUAGCUGUAAAAAUCUGCAAACUCAUAUUGUACGAAGGAGGUGGUCCCAAAGUUCUCGGACCAUUCUUCGUCCACCUCAAACGUUUUGGUGACCUCUCUCGGGGCUGGGGAAUCGGAGAAGACACCUUCGAGUUCUGGUCCUGGAUCGCGAGACAAUACCGGAUCUUUGCCGAAUUACUCGAGUUCGCCGUGCAGAAUGGUCAGCAAGUCUCUACGUUUCCUCCCAUAUCACCCGACAUGGCGAUGCCGGAACUUGUGCCAGGCAAAUCAGGUGUCAAUCCACUCCAGAUCCUCCAGCCCCCUGCUUUCUAUUUCUACAUGGCUGCUUCUUGUACCUUACAACGUCAUGAACGCUUCCUGGUCGCGAAGGCUGCAGAGGAGGAUGCCAUGCAAUCUGAAGCCGGAGCAGCCUCUGGCUACGUAUCUGCCGCUCCAGGCUAUAGCAAUGAAAAGAAGGUUGAUCAUGCAGGGUUGACCGUCGAGCUUCUCACCAAAGCAUACACACUGGUUUUGGCUCAGACUCCGCCGCAAAUCCGUAUAGCGGCCUACCUCGCGUUCAGGAUAGCUGAGACACAUGUGCGAGCGGGUCAAUACGAUUCAGCGAUGAAAUACUUUGACGAGCUGUCACUCCAAGACCAAUGGGAACCCAUCGUGAAGCAGACGCGUGCGCUGUGGUACGAGUCUGCUCAGCGAACUGGAAAUGUAGAAGCUGCUGCGAGGCUUUUGAUCGAGAUGAUCUGUCCUGGGAGUGGUCUGCCAUCAAGCGAGAGGUCAACACUACAAGAUGACUUACUGUCAGUUCUCAGAACAACGGCUCCAGCCAAUGGCCCCUUCAGCAUGACCAUGCCAUCUGAAUCAGCGCUUUUGGACGUAUCUGCUGCAUUCUGGACCGACGAAGUCCAGCUCCCCGGCUCGGCAUCGUAUCAAUUCUGCCUAUCUUGUCCAGAGUCCGUCGACAUAUCUUCUCUUUCGUUCGAUCGGCUCGUCUUGUCUUUCUCUGAUCGACCAGACGUGACUAUCAAAUCGGUGCCAGGUGUCGAGCGACCGAUGACGCAGGUGGUAGACUUGGCGUCUAGCGAGGACACUCGAGCUGCAUUGAGAUGGUCCCCUGGGUCUCGAGUGAUCAUAAAUGGAGAGCUAGACGGACUUGCCGGGAGCGUAUCGAUAUCAAACGUCCUCUUGGUCCUGAAAGAAGGCCCUUGGGAGAUCGACUUGCAGUUCCGACCGCCCUUCCCCACACAAUGGCACACAGCCAAAGGAUCAAUUGCACCAGCACAUGAUCUCUCUUCCUUCGUCUCAUUCGUCACCCGCCCAUACGACAUCUCCAUGGAGGUCAAUCAUCAUCCAUCCGCAUUUGUCGAUGAAUCACUACCUGUCCUGGUUCGUGUAACAAACAAGGAUGAUCGACGAGUCGAGGCCAAAUUGUCUGUCUUCCUCCAGCCAGCAGAGGAAGAAGAUGGCUCAUUCAUUACGUAUCUUGGCGAAACGUCUAAAUCAUUGUUUGAGGACCUUCAGCUCGGUACGCUGCAGCCUGGAGCUUCCAUCGAAAAAUCUAUCACGCUUCAAUCCCCUCACCCAUCGACGAAAAUAAUAGACUUUUCCCUGCAUACGAUCGAUUCGUCAAAUCCUUCAAUCUGGACGAGCGAUAAUGAGGACUCGAUACAAGAGACCACCUACACAGCCGUCAUCCCUGUUCUGCCACCGUUUGAAAUGAUGACCAGGAUAGACACUACUCCGAGCUUGAAUGGAGAUCCGCAGGCAUGGACCAUAGUCAUCUCGGCCAUCUUGACUUGUCCCAUACCUAGAAGAGUAUACGUACACGGGAUAUCGUUGGCCAAAGGAGAGCUUGAAAUUGUCUCCUCGUCGCUCGGCAAGGACACGUUCCCACAAGCGUGGGAUCAAGUAACCUCUUACGCCGUGUACGCCAAAUUUCAGACCACUCUGCCCUCUUUGAAACCUCCUGCGUAUCUCGUCUGCUCCUGGAAAAGCGACGAAAAAGCGGCGUUGAUAGAGACGCGCUUACCCCUACCUCUCCUGAACCCUCCUUCGCCAGGCUCGGGAAUCUCCGCAAGAAUUGCACCGCCAACCGUUGUUCAUCUCAACCAACCAUUCUCCAUCUCUGUCAAUCUCACCAACAUGCACAGGACACUUGCCUCCUCUCUCAACAUUGAAAUCUCAACAGGAGAAAACUUUGUAUGGCGCGGUAACCGGAUCAUCCGUCUUCCUGAUCUCUUGCCCGAGGAGAAGACUACGGUCGACAUGGAACUCGUUGCUGUCGGUGCCACAGGAUGGUGCACUUUGCCCAAGAUCACUAUUUGGGAAGAAGAUUCUAGCCCUGGCGAGGCUGGAACAGGACUCGAAGUACGUCUAGUUGAUGGUCGGAAUGGAUCGGAGAUCAGGGAGGGCUUGCAGGUCUUUGUGAGACCGUAGAGCAUGUUCAUGUGGUCGCAUGGAAACA